CUUGAAGUGAACGGUUCGAUUUUGGGAUAAGGAAUACAAUUUUAAAACAUGCAUAACGCAAAUUCUAGUAAAACCACUCGGAAGGCUUUUUCCUCCACCAGCUCGUCGCGACGUAGUAGCAAUGGAACCGGUGGCAGUGGCCAUGAGGCGGAGGAGGACGAGGAGGAGCAGGUCUUCCAGGAGGCCUCCUCCAGUACAAGAACAAACAGUGUCGAUGGGGGUGGCAGCAACCCACUCUCGAGUGCCGUCAGUACGACACCGGUUACGGAUUUCUAUAGCAAUGCCACUGUACUCAUUACGGGCGGAACCGGUUUCGUGGGCAAAGUGUUAACAGAGAAAUUGCUUCGCUCGUUUGGAUUGCGUAAAAUUUACAUGCUGAUACGCAGCAAGGACAACAUGAGCGUGCAGGAGCGCUUGCAGGGCUUUUUCAAUGAAUCGAUAUUCAAUAGGAUACGCGAGGAGGCACCGCAAUUGUUGGAGAAGGUGCAUCCGAUACGCGCUGAUUACAGUGCCAUCGACCUGGACAUUGAUUCCGCCGACCGAGCAAUGCUCUCGUCUGAGGUCCAGAUUGUCUUCAAUGUUGUGGCUUCGGUGAAAUUCAAUGAGAAACUGAGCGACGCUAUUGACAUUAAUGUUCUGGGCACGAAGAAAAUACUCGAUUUGGCCAUGGAAAUGAAACAGUUAAAGUCCUUCGUGCACAUUUCAACACUCUACUGCAACUGCAAUCGCAAAUUUAUCAAGGAACAAGUGUACGAGAACGAAAUUGGCUACGAAAAAAUCAUGCAGAUCUAUCGCACAUUCGACGACGAAACGCUGGAGAAGAUGCGGCACUGCCUAAUUGGCCAGAUGCCCAACACCUACACCAUGACCAAGAAGUGCGCCGAGAAUCUGGUGAAUCAUCGGGCAUUCCACAUGCCAGCGGGCAUCUUUCGACCACCCAUAGUAAUGUCAACCUACAAGGAUCCAUUUCCCGGCUGGACUGAUAAUUUGUACGGGCCAUCAGGUUUAUGCACUUGGUCUGCCCGGGGACUCGUCCGUUGCAUUUACGGCACGGCCAGCUGCAAGGCGAAUAUGGUGCCCGCCGAUUAUGUGGUGAAUGCCAUGAUAGCAACCGCCUGGGAUAUAGCUCGAAGAUUUAAAAUCCGUGAAAGUAAAGUGGAUGGUAAAUCGGAGCUGCCCGUAUACAACUACGUGUCCGACGUGAACAAUAUAACCUGGGGGCAGUAUAUGCAUCUGUCGCGGAAAGGAUUUCACGAACCUUUCGACAAGGCGCUUUGGUGCUUCUCGUACGUUAUAAUACCAUCGAAGCCUCUGCAUUGUGCAAUUGCAUUUUUCUUGCACAAUAUCCCAGCUUAUAUUUUAGAUUUAAUUGCCAUGGUCACCGGACAAAAGCGCAUCUAUAUGAAGGCGUAUAGGAAGAUAUCUCGCAUAAUCGACAUGAUGGCCUGGUUCGGAUUGAAGGAGUGGAAGUUCGCCCAUCGCAACAUUGACGAAUUGAACGAGCUGCUGCCGCGCGAGGAGCGUUCAGUGCUGCAGUUUAACAUUGCGACGAUUAAUUGGAGCGAAUAUUUCCGCUCAUACCUCAGCGGCAUCAGGCGCUACUUCUUCAAGGAUAGCGCUAACGAUAAUAAAUUACAGCAGCGCAAAACUAUUUAUCGCAGGAUGCUCCUUUUGCACACGAUGCUGAAGACGACAUUUGGUCUUUCAUUAAUUAUGUGCAUGCUCAAAGUUUAUCUCAGGAUUUUCAAAAUUAUGCCAAAGAUUGCGUUCUGAAUGAGUGUCGUUAUAAAUUAUAAUCAAACGCGUGUAUUCUUAAUAAAUUGUGCAGUUCUUAAAGCA